GUUUUUGCCUUGUUGCUGCAUUGCAGUGACUUGUUUUGCCAGGCUAGUCACAGUGUCGUUUUUUUUUUUUUUUUUUCUUGUUUGCGGUUCGCGCAACGCAUUUAUCUUAGUUUGAUGGUUGAUUAUGAAUUCGGCGCUCUCGAUGUUCCCAGUAAGUUGCGAGCCACCACGCAGCUGUCUGCCACUUCAGAUUCCACAUCUGGCGUCUGAGGGCACGGGGUUGUUUCCUGACCGUGUGUCUGUAGUAAGAUUGGAUGGUUGGUCGAUGCUGUCUUUGGAUGCUCGUGGGCCGUUGUUUACUAUUGUUAGUUUUCUUGUUCUUGUUCUUGUUCAUUAUCAUAUCAUUUUGCUGAUAUGCUUGGUAAGUCUUCUAACGGGCGGUUCGUAAAAUGGUGGCAAGAAUGGUAGAAAGGGUAUUGAUUGCAAUAAAGAG